UUGCUUUAUUGACGCACGCGCAUUGAGGCCCAACAAAGGGCCGAAAUAAGAACGGUUCGCAAGUGUGUCUGAUGUAUUUAUGUCAUAAAAAUGGUGAAAUCUGUGAAGUGGCGAGUAGAAAUUAGGAUAUUCGAGGUGUCGAAUCAUGACCGAGGCAUCUGAAAAUGCCUAUCUGGUGCGCGUGCGAGCCCAAGUCAUGAGCCGCGACGAAGCUACAGGAGGCUGGGUGGCGCUGGGAGGUGGUGGACUGGCUGACGUCAUGGUGGGCAAGCGUCGUCACCAACGUCCUUCCUCAGCCGGCGCGGAUAGCAAUGGGGACACGUCUACCUCUACCUCGGCUCCCACACAUGAGUACUACAUACAUGGAAAACGCAUCAGCGAUAAUAUGGUGGUCCUAGAAUGUACUAUAAAGAAGGACUUCCAGUACAACAAGGUGAUGCCAACAUUCCACCACUGGGUGACGGAUGAGAAGCGCUUCGGCCUCACCUUUCAGACGGCAGCAGACGCGCGAGCCUUUGAUAGAGGCGUCAGGACUGCUAUUGAAGAGUUAUUGGACGGUCUGGGUGGGGCGUGGCCGUCACUUCACGCGUACAAAAAACACAAUCCAGCACCAAAAGAAGACGACGAGGAGAACAAUAUAUUUGAAUGCCUCAAUCUACCAUCGGACUCGCGAUCCAGCUCGGAUACGUCGACGACCAGUCGCCGACGCGCUGACAUAUCGCAGACGCCGAUACUCACCGCCAUCACGAUGACCACCCAUCCACUCGAAGAGCCGGCAAAGCAAUAUGAAGUAUGCGAGGAGAGAGGAGGGGCGGAGGAGUCCGAGCCUGAACGCUGCCCUUAUGUACAUCUCAGAGCGGUGCACGAGUACAGUUACCCUCAAGUUGGAGUCGCCUCAGAGAGAUCCUCUCCCAAUACAAAGCCGCCAUUACCUAAACGGGACUUAGGAUCAGUAACAUUCAGUUACCCGUGCACCACACCGCUGCCGGGCAAGAAGUACACUGUCACAUUCCAAGCCAGGCUGAAAUGCAGGCACUGCAACGAAUGGUACUUGGAGAGCGCGAACCGUGCAGGCGCGUGCGAAUUCGCUCCCGACUGCUGCCGCACAUGCAUUGACUGUGUCUCCUGCAUCAAGUGCGCGCAGUGCAUGCUGUACCACUGCAUGGCGGACUCUGAGGGAGACUUCGCGAUACAUCCCUGCGCUUGUCACAGACCUGAUGAUCACUGCACCAAGAGAUGGAUAGGCUUGGCACUACUAAGCCUGUUAGUGCCAUGCCUGUGUUGCUACUUGCCGCUGCGCUGCGUGCACCGCACUGCGCGCGCCGUGCACCUCACCGGCGGACACCACGCCCCCAUCAUCAACUAGACACGCCCACUACAUCAAUAACCACGCCCACAACACUUACGUAUACGUCCAUUGUCCCGGACGCAUCUCACGUACGGAUUAAACGGAUUUGCUUUGUCUUUCCGCAAAAUCCGUCGUCCGGUGCAGACCAAUGGACGCGUACUUAGGCUGGAAGAUUUUCUAAUACAUUUAGCAGUAAAAUUAGUAUGAAAGAAAGGAAAUUGAUAUAGAGAUUGGCCAUUUGUAGGAAAGAGACAGAAAACUUAAGAAGAAGAGAGAAAUAUACAAUUUUGUAUAUUUCAUUAUUGUAUUGAAAUUUGGAAGUUACGUAUAAGUUUAUACGUUUAAAAAUGUGUUAAAAUGAGACAGAUAUAUUCUAAUAGUAAAAGUGUGAGAAGGACAACAAAUGGUUUAAAAUAUAAAUAAAAUAUGCCUCAUCUUAUAUAAUUAGGACUAAUAUUUGUACGAAUUUUAAAAAACUC